AUGGCCGCCUACGCCACGGGGCUCAAGUGGAACUGGUGGCAGCUCCUGUUCCUAGUCUUUCUUCUGGGCCCUUUGUGUGGACUUGUUGGUGCUUCCUGGCUGAAUCGCUCACUCGUUGCAAUCUACUUGGCCUUCUGUGUGGUGAAGACUGUGAUACAGAUCUAUACAGCUGUCUUUAGCUUCUUUCUGUGGGCGAUUCUCUUUGUGUUCCUACAGGUUUGGAUCACGAAGAUCGUUGCCUGGGCAGCAGAAUCCGUGCUCGGCUCGGUAGCCACCUUCUGCUAUGUGUUGGGCAAGCUCUCCCCUGAGCAGCGUGCCUACGCGCUGGCAGCGAAGGAAUAUGAUGUGCAGAGAGUUUAUUGGUGA